CGCCUAGCCCUCAGUAUGAGUGAGACUGUUCCUCUUUUUAACAUUUUCUUUUAGAUUUCCCAAAUUAGGUUUUCUCAUAUCUCUGUAAUUUUCUUCACUUAGAUUCGAUUCCGCCAUUGUUGUUGAGGGUUAGGAGGUGUGGAUUUGUUAUUUAACUUCUCAUUGAUAUCGUCUUUCCACCUGUGUCCAAAUACCGCCAAUUUUCUUUCUUUAGUCUCUGCGUUCAAAAAAAAGAAAAAAUCCCCAAAUUGUGAACAAAGGUUUGAUUUUUAGGGCAAUUUGACUUGAUUAGGGUUAGGGUUUCAAUCUUUUAGGUACAGAUCACGAAAAAGAAAGCAUCUUUGUUUUGUUUUUAUUGUGGGUUUCGGAUUUAUAUGGAGAAGAAGAAAGUCGCUGUCCCACUGGUUUGCCACGGCCAUUCCCGGCCGGUUGUGGAUCUGUUUUACAGUCCGAUCACUCCCGAUGGCUUCUUCCUCAUCAGUGCCAGUAAGGAUUCUAGUCCCAUGCUAAGAAAUGGAGAAACCGGAGAUUGGAUUGGAACUUUUGAAGGUCAUAAGGGUGCAGUAUGGAGUUGCUGUUUGGAUACUAAUGCUCUGAGGGCUGCCACUGCUUCUGCAGAUUUCUCUGCGAAAGUUUGGGAUGCAUUAACAGGAGAUGUAUUACACUCAUUUGAACACAAACACAUAGUUCGAGCAUGUGCAUUUUCAGAGGAUACACACCUUUUGCUUACUGGAGGAGUAGAGAAAGUCAUUCGUAUAUACGACUUGAACCGCCCAGAUGCCCCUCCGAGAGAAGUGGACAAAUCCCCUGGUUCAGUUAGAACUGCUGCAUGGCUCCACAGUGAUCAGACCAUUUUAAGUUCUUGCACUGAUAUGGGGGGAGUCAGAUUGUGGGAUGUAAGAACUGGGAAAAUAGUCCAAACUCUUGACACCAAGUCAUCUGUGACCAGCUCUGAAGUCAGUCAAGAUGGUCGUUACAUCACAACUGCUGAUGGGUCUACAGUAAAGUUUUGGGAUGCAAAUUACUUUGGGUUGGUGAAGAGCUACAACAUGCCAUGCACAGUAGAAUCGGUUUCUCUGGAACCUAAGUUUGGGAACAAGUUCAUUGCUGGUGGAGAAGACAUGUGGGUUCAUGUUUUUGAUUUCCACACCGGUGAUGAGAUUGCUUGCAACAAGGGUCACCACGGUCCGGUGCACUGCGUUCGUUUCUCACCAGGAGGGGAGUCAUAUGCCUCUGGAUCCGAAGACGGCACCAUCAGAAUAUGGCAGACCGGCCCCCUGACUCAAGAAGAAAGUGACGCGCAGGCAGCAAAUGGGGGAGUCGGAAAGGUGAAGCCACCUGUACAAGAGGUCUCUCGCAAGAUUGAGGGCUUCCAAAUCUCGGAUGAGGGCAAGUCAAAAGAGAAGGAAGAGGCACCAGCAGCAGCCACAGCAUCAGUGAACGUGUGAGACCCCUUGCCCAGAGUGUAUUGGCCGUUCCUGGCACACAGUUCAGAUGAAACAAAACAAAUUUUUUGUACACCUUUUUAGUCCUCACUUCUGCACUGUUGAGAUGUAGACCAUGUUCCUUGUGUUACUGCUUGUUCAGAUUACCUUAUAAAAAUCAAACUUUUCAGC